CGCCCGCCAGACCACGCGCACACAAGCCCUCACGGACGUGCACACUUACGGGGACGGGCGCACACAUUUUUGCAGCGCCCGGCGGGGCCCGUCGAAGCGCCUCCCGACGGCCACAGGAGAGCCCUGGCUCCGAGGGCCCGUCCCGCCUGCAGAACUACUGCAGCUACGGGACCGGGCCAGAGGGAGCCACGAAGCGGAGGGCGCGGUGCUGCACUCGGACUUGCCAUGGAGGAUUCAACACAGAUGGCUAUGUGGCUGCAACGUACAUGGGCCAGCUUCGUGAUACUUGGCCUGUGCUGUCAGAUUGCCCAAGGCGCUGACAUCAGGAUUAAGACCCUUGAUGGCGAAUGCAACUGCUGGACUCGAAGGGACUCGGGGAUCGUUACCCUUGAGAAAUGUGGGACGGGCCCAGAGUCCAUAUUCAACGAGACAGACUCGAAUGGGCUCCAAUCAAGCAACGGAGAGUGCCUAACACAAGGCAGUGGCAGCAACAGGAACCGAAUCGGUGGGGCUCCAUGUCCGGCUGGUGGAACGACAUGGACGAUCGUAAAUGACAACCAGUACUUCAUGGAGCUGCCGGGCUCGGCUAGGGGUUUUUGUCCUCAGAACAAUGCCCAACAGUCACGUGUCACCCUGAUUGGCUGCUUCCAACCUGGUAGCGGGAAUCUUAACCGGUGGGAGAUACUGGAUGCUUCGGAAGAUCCUUGUCCUACAGGGACCAGCCCGCCAUCCCGGCCCCCCAACCCACCCCCAAGCCCCAGCCCCAACCCCUCCCCACCCAACCCUUCCCCUUCUCCCUCAUCUCCAACUCCCAGCCCGCCGUCCCCACCCAGAUCUCCAAGCCCACCCUUGCCAUCGCCCUCACCUGGUGUGACACCACUGGUAUCCCCACCUUCAACGAGUCCCUCUUCCAGCAGCGAUGGGAGCACGGCGUCAGCAACAGCAGGAGUUUCCACUGGUGGAAGCAGUGGGACAGAUGACGAUGACACGAUUGCCGCAAUAGCAGCAGGCUCAGUCGCUGGGGCAUUGGUUUUGGCUGGGGUGUCUGUUCUGGCUGUGUAUGUUUUUCUCAGAAAGAUGGGCAAAGCUGACAGAUCGUACAAAAAGGCAGUUGACAGCGACUCGCAUCUCAACGCCAUUGUCAUGGACAAGGGCUCAGCUCCCCAACCACUGGGCGACAGCCCAGCGGCCACUGCAGCCUCACCUGCGGCCCAUGGCGUCUCAGUCCAGCCCCUCACUGACUCCAGUGUGCAACGCUACAAGCACGCCGAGGCUGCAGCACCGCUCCUGUCAAGCAGCAUCGCAUCCUCUGCAGACAGCUUCCAGUCAGCUGCUGCAGGGGGAGGAGGAGGGCCCAUUGCUGGCCUGACAAAGGACAUGUUGGACAACUUCGCCCAGAGCAAGGACAGGGCAGGGGCCGAUCCCCACAAGCUGAUGGAGUCUACUUCAGAGGAAGAGGGGGCACGCCUUGUGGCUGUGCUGAACAAGAAGCUGGCAAAGCUGCACGAGGGUUCGGAGUUUGCUGGCAGGUAUGUGAUUGAGGAAGAGCGUUUCUCAGGGUCUAGUGCUGUGGUCUUUCUUGCCAAGGGCAAGUUUAACAAGCAGCAGGUGGCCAUCAAGUUCUUUGCAGAUCCCGAUGGCUACGAAAAGGAAAUAGAAGUGCGCAAGAGAAUGUCAUCGCAGUACAUAGCAAGACUCGAAGAUGCCAUCCCUUCAAAGGCUUCUGGGGGCCUCCCUGAUGCCCUUGUCUUCCAGAGGGGGGACUACACACUUGGAGAUUGGCUGAAGAAGUCUCGGCCAAAGCCUCUGCUGGUGAAGCUCGCUUUGAGCCAGAUUUUGGAGGGACUGCAGGAAAUGCACAAGCACUACAUCAUCCAUCGUGAUUUGAAGCCCAGCAACAUCAUGUUCUUCUCUGAAGAUUACAGCUGGAAAUUGACUGACCUGGACAACUGGGCACGAGCGGGUGAACCAGCUAAUGUGGCUUACACUCUGAUGUACGCUCCCCCAGAGUCUGUGACAGCAGACAUCCAAGGGAAGAAUGAUGUUGUGCUGGAGACAUCAGCCGACAUGUUCUCCUUUGGUAUCAUCGGCUACGAGGUUUCGACAGGAAUGAGGUUCUUUGGCCCAACUGCCAGCCCUGCUGAGGUGCGGCAAAAGCUCUUGGGCUUCAGCCAGAUGCCUGACCUGAAUGCCGUGAAAGAGCGCCAGCUCCGCCGAUUGAUUGCCAACACCCUGCAGAGAGACCCACAAGCACGCUGGAGUGCUUCCACUGCUCUUGGGAAUGCAUACUUCCGCUCUGCGGAUGACACGCUCCAGCAAGCAGAGAAGUUUGAUAAGGUGGCCCAGCAGCUUGCGCGCAUCGAGCAAAUGGUGGCUAUCGCUGCGGAUGAAAUUCGCUCAGCCAACCUCAUGGUGAACAUCGUGCUGGAGGCUUUGAGCCCUGCUGAGCAGGCUGGUCUUGGCGCACGCACCCAUUUCGAGUUUCACCCUGGUAACGAGUGCCCCCUAAUGACUGACGAAGGCCUGCCCGACCACCCCAUCUUCAUGAUGGCCCUGGAGCAGUCCUACAAGAUGAACAUCUCAGUCACACAUGAGAAGAGCCUGCCCCUGAGGAUCCAGUCUGUGGACUGUGUGCAUGUCACUCCAGUGGAUGGCCCUCCACUGCAGCUGCAGCCCUAUGUCACCAACUCUGCUGUUGAUGAGGUCUGCGCAGUGGCACUGUGGAACCCAGCCCAGCAUGGUGCCCCUUCGCUGCUGAAUAUCACCCCCUCGGGGGGCCCCCUUGACAGGCGGCUGGUACCUGUGGACGUCGGCCUCGUGUUCACGCUUCAGGGCCAAGGGUCGCAAUCUGUGCUGCGUGGCAAAUUGUUCAUAAAAAUGCACAGGGCUGGGGAGAAGUUUCUGUCACGCAAGAUGUUCAGGAGGGCAGGCAAGAUGUGGGAUGAGGCACCGCAAUGGGUGAAGGAUGGGGCCAAGGGUGCCAUGUUCUGCUACAACGUGGCCACAACGGUCCUGGGUGCAUGA